AUGAAAUCUGCCUCAUCCCUUAGAACAGACGUGCAAGCUACUGUGAGUCGGAGGCUGAGAGCCCAUUUUUUCUGGGUCAUCAUUAUUUUUAUUAUUUGGAAUUUUUUUUGAGGAAUUAUGUGAUAUCUCCCCCCUCUUGCAGGGCCUCUUUCCAUACACUCAUGUGGAUGCAUGCUAUGUUGGCAGCGUGGCUGGCUGUGGGCCGCAUGCCAUGGUGAGCACUUUCUUAUUUCUAUUUCUAGCUUCUCAUCCACGAUAUGAAAAAUUGUAAAAUCUUAAAAAAUUUAGCGGGUAUACUUUAGUGGUAAAAGUGUGAUUCGUCCUAUUUAAACGGGUAUUUUGGUUGAUAUUCCGAUAUGAAACUCUAUUUCUCAAAAAAUGAUAAUCCUUUUAUCUCUGAAUGCUAGAUCUGAGAAAAGAAUAUAAUUUAUUUUUUAGUUGAACGAAUAAUUUGGAUUAUAUGGAAUCAAGAAGCAUAGUUUUUUUCUCGUUGAUUCAACUCUUCCAAUAAAAUGAGUAUCAGUAAAGGGAGCCGUGGCUGAACAUAAAAACUGUAUUUCUCAGCUUAACUAAAUCUCCAUUUGAUAUAUUAAAUGGAUUGCGUGGAACAUGUUUACUCUGAUUGCAGAAGGAUUAUUUUGAGGGGUUGGGCGAGUGGGGGAGGCUUGGAGAGAGAGAGAGGAGCUUAGAGAGAGAGAGAGAGAGAGAGAGAGAGAGAGGGAGGAGCUUAGAGAGAGAGAUAGAGAGGAGCUUGGAGAGAGAGAUAGAGAGGAGCUUAGAGAGAGAGAUAGAGAGGAGAUUGGAGAGAGAGAUAGAGAUGAGCUUGGAGAGAGAUAGAGAGGAGCUUAGAGAGAGAGAUAGAGAGGAGAUUGGAGAGAGAGAUAGAGAUGAGCUUGGAGAGAGAUAGAGAGGAGCUUAGAGAGAGAGAUAGAGAGGAGAUUGGAGAGAGAGAUAGAGAGGAGCUUAGAGAGAGAGAGAGAGCUGGGUUCCUAUCUGGGUUGGGUCAACGUUAUUUAUUCAAUGUUGUAUUGACUUUUGAGAUGCAAGGUAGAGAUAACGAUCACCCCCCGGAUUGAACUCAGAGAUGAAAGUUUGCCCUUUUUUGUGGUUAUAUUUUUCUAGUAGCCCUGUUCUUCGUUUGUAAUGUGAUAAGUUUUGGAUUAAUUCUCCUCAGAUGGUGAGGGCCGGCCAGUCUGUUCGAGCCCCUCUCCCUCUGAGUCUCCCCGGGGAGGAGCCCAUCUACGUCAACGCAAAGCAGUACCAAGGAAUCCUCCGAAGGCGGCAGCAGCGGGCCAAGCAAGAGGCCCAGAAUAAGCUUCUCAAGGGGAGGAAGGUUUGAUUUUUUGUCUUAAAUCUAUAUUGUUGGUUUUUGCCACAUUUGUCCUAUCCCAUUUGGGCACUGGUCAAAUCCUGGAAACUGGCCUCCGCGUCAGAUCUUACGGAGAGCAAACCCUCCCUCCUCCCCACUCCCUUCUCUCUCUCUCUAUUUAUCUGUGUUAUUAUUCCAUUCUGAGGUCUGGACUGUUGAAAGGUCAGGCCCAGCUUCCCUCCGUAUGCUCUCAUCACAGCCAGUGUAAGAGAUAGAGGGAGAGAGAGAGAGAGCUUUGGGCCCUGAGAAGAGCUAAUAUGGGUUCUCUUCAUUUGUGACUGCUAGCAGCCGUACCUCCACGAGUCCCGGCACCUUCAUGCCAUGAGGAGGGUGCGAGGAUCCGGCGGCCGCUUCCUGAACACCAAGCAACAGGAAAGCGAAGAGCAGCAGCAGCAAAUGAAUUCCCCCACCACCACCACCACCGCCGCUGCCGCUGCCACCGCCACCAUGGAGGUCUCCAGCCCGUCCUUGUUUCAGACCACCCGGCGGGGGUGGCAUUCUGAUCCCAAAGGCCUCUGGUUGGACACAACGAACGCCGGUCCCUCCAUCUCCACCUCCUCUGACAUCACCAACAUCUCUGAAGGUGGCCUUCGGCAGUGA